AUGACUCUGACUCUUACCAACACCAUCAAGGACAAGCUUGUCCGCAAUGAAGUAGCCUACACUCUGAGCGUCAAGCUCGUGCGGUCAGUUGAGAUUGCCGGCAUUGCCAAGUCGGCCGGCUUCGAUGGCCUCCUCAUCGAUAUGGAGCACUCCUCCUUUGACCUCGACACCACUGGCCAAAUCUGCAUUGCAGCUCUGUACGCCGGCAUCGCACCCAUCGUACGAUCCCCCAGCAAGGAUCCCUUCUACGUCUCGAGGAUCCUAGACGGCGGCGCCCUGGGUGUCAUCGUACCCCAUAUCCGAAGCGUCCAGGAUGCCAAGGACGUUGUCCAGGCCGCCAAGUUCCAGCCUGUUGGUGUCCGCUCCUCCACAAACGGCCUGCCCCAUUUCCAGUUCCGCUCCCACCCCGCAAAGCUCUCGAACCCCGUGGUCAAUGCGAGCACCCUGGUCAUCCCCAUGGUUGAGACUCUCGAGGCCCUGGAGCUCGUGGAUGAGAUCGCUGCUAUCGAGGGCGUGGAUUCGCUGCUAAUCGGCACCAAUGACCUCUGUGCUGAGAUGGGCAUCCCCGGCGACUACGACAACCUGCGGGUCACUGAGGCGUACCAGCGCACUAUCGACGCCUGCAACAAGGUGGGCAAGUGGGUUGGUGUUGGAGGCCUUCACUCUCGCCUCGACCUCGUGGAGAAGUUCUGUGGCAUGGGUGCUCGGUGGGUUAUGGCUGCUACCGACGGCCCUCUGCUAUUUGGCAGUGCUUCCAAGCGCGGGGGAGAGAUGGCUGCUCUCAACACGAGGGUUGUGGGGGCUGUAAACGGGAAUGGAAAGGCUUAG